AGAGGGUGUAUCAUAAAUGUAUUUACUUAUAUGUUUGCACUGCAAUCCGGUUUUUUAUCGUUUCAGUAAGAAAGUUAGCUUACGAAUGUGCCUGAAAGUCCUUGAGAGUUGCAGAGCUCAUUUUCCUUUUACUUGCUUAGAAAGAGUGAGUGAGAUUAUUAUGCUAUGUUAGCCAUAGUUCCUAUGAGCAGUAAAAGUUGUUUAUGUCAGCAGUAAUCUUGUGCUGGCAGACAGUACAAAGAACCAGAAAAACCUUAUAGGCGACUAAAAGUUCUACGCGUAACGAAAUUCGGGUGUGUAUGUACAUUGUAGGGUUAAAAAAUUAAGGAAGAUAUAAAUAACCCGGUGCAUUUAUGUAUUCCUUAUACGUAAUUUUCCUGGGUAUUUUAUUGUGUCACAAUCGUUAUUAAAUAAUAGAAUCAUAAUUACUUAAAACCACACUCUUUACAUUGAUAUUUAUUGUAACUACACUCAUUCGGCAUUCAGAUAUACCGAGAGUUUUUGGUUGGCAUUUUCACAAAGUGUCUUCGCGUUACCAAACGAUCCAAUCUUUAGUAAGUUUUUGUUGUUUGAACAAUCUCAUCGAAAUUGUAUUGCAUAUUUUAACAAAACUUUUAUCUGUGGUUCUGUGAUAUUUGGAGCUGAUUUCAUAUUCCGUGUUUAACCAAAAAAACAGAUAACUCAGUUAGGAACUGCUUAUAUGUAUGUAUGUAUUGCCAUGCAUAAUAUGUAGGACUGUAGUGUAGUGGUUUAUUUGUCAACAGCUUUUAUGCGUUAUUGGAUGGAUAGAUAUUUCCGGAGAUAAGGUCUGUUAAACUUUUUACCCGUAAAUCUGACUCAUUUAUUCAUGCGUUCGCCUUCCUCCGGCAACUAGAGACUCACGCACCGGACUACAUAAAUAAGCAUUUGUCUAAUCAAAUCUGAUAUUCAAAUUUGUUGUGAAAACAGGAAACCUACUGUUAUGAUCGCGAUAUUUUAAUAAACACAAUUCAACAAUUUAAGUUAAAAAAAUUGGGUUGAAUAAUUUUAAGAGUAGAGAAUAAAAUCCGUUAAGUGAGAAAAUAUUCUAGUGAGAUUUUAAAUAGUGUACUAAGAAAAAUGGAGCAAGAGGACUCAAGGCAGGGACAGGGGGGUAAUUCCCCAGCCCCAGCCGCGUAUUCAUACUCCAAUCUCCGUCAAUUUGUUCGUCAAAACUCUGAGAAGCUUGGAAUGAUAGCAGAAGAUGUGAUUCUACCCGUGAACAAACGGAGCAUAAAGCGUCAACUGAGCACCAUUCAUGACCCUGCAGUCGAAGUGAUUGAUCUGGAACAGAGACACACACCCUCGCCAACCACACCCACUCCAUACGGCCAAACUACGGUCAUAAUCCCAGAACCUAAAGCUGCGCCUCUUAAAAAAUUUUUUCCUAUAUAUAUGAUUGCUAUCUCAUUAAUCCAGCUUGGUCUUUUCUACUAUUAUGGCGACGAUACGUUGCUCCUUCUCUUUGGAUAUGACCCUUACAGACGGCAUGAACUUUGGAGAUAUGUGACGAUAAUGCUGGCUCACUCCUCAACUUCUCACGUUUGGGGGAACGUGCUAUUUCAACUAAUUCUAGGCGUCCUGUUGGAAAUGGUACAUAAUUGGAAGAGAACCUCAAUAAUUUAUAUGGCGUCUGUUGUGGGAGGUUCGUUGCUGAUCACGGUCAUGUCACCCACAGUGUAUGGCGUGGGCGCCUCGGCUGGGGUGUACGGGUUGCUUUUCGCACAUUUGUCGACAAUCAUUUUAAACUGGACCGAAAUGGACAGGAAGUGCUGUCGCCUAUUUUGGCUUUUACUGUAUAUCGGAUAUGACAUUGCCAUCAAUUCAUAUGUGAAAUUUGGACUGAAGAUAGAGACCAACACGAGCCAUGCAGGUCACAUCGGGGGAGCCGUGACUGGGUUCCUAGUAUCGAUUUUGGUCCUAAAGAAUUUUGAGAAGAAAGAAUGGGAGAUGAGGAUGCAAAAAAUAUGUGCUGGAUUACUCCUAGGAUUCUUUGUCAUAAUUGUCUUGAUCAAUGUUUCAUUCCCCAGUUAUUACCUUCCUACGGAAUGGAAUUUCAAUUAUGAGUCAACCUACAUUCAUCAUAUUCUUGAAGCCAUCAAAGAUUCUCCAGAAGAUUCGAGCGUGAGAAAAGUAUGUGAAGCUGAUCUGGAGUGCAAGACAGUUUUGGACCAAUAUAUCCAUAACGGGACAAUUCCUGCAAUUUAAAGAAGAAUAAUUUGCAUAAUUCUAAUCUCUUAACAAUCCAUCCAUUAUUUAGUUUUUAACUUUGAUAUUCACUGCCAACUCACCAUAUUGCAUGCAAUUGCUCGACCUUCGAUACUCACAACAAUGAAUUUUUACCUUUUGCCUAAGACAACACUUGUCGUAUAAAAUACUUAUGACUUAAUAUGAUAAUUAAUAUGAAACUUGAUUGAGUUUAAAUAGAUUUAUUGUUGAAUAAGUCUAAAUUUUAGUAAUUGAGCCUCUUAUUAAUAUGGUUGUGCAUGCGUAUGCAAAUAUGCAUGAUACGUGUCUUAUGAAUUAAGUUGGUUGUGUAGCAUGUCAAACUGCAUAACAUUAGUUUGUUAAAGACUCGAAUAAUCUCAAGAAUCAAAUAAUCAAAAAAUAUUGUUAAAUUGCAUAUUUUACCGAAAUACAAAUGGUUGAUAUUUUAAAAAAA